AUGAGAUGUCCUGAGGAGCACAGAGUUCAGUGUGCUGCUUUUCUACUGAGGGACAGAGGCAUUAUCUGGUGGAGGACUACCAUGCGCAUGCUAGGUGGAGAUGUGAGGCAGAUUACCUGGGAUCAGUUUAAGGACUGCUUCUAUACCAAGUUUUUCUCGGCUAACCUUAGAGACGCCAAAAGCCAGGAAUUCUUGGAGUUGAAGCAAGGAUAUAUGACAGUCGAGGAGUACGACCAGGAGUUUGAUAUGCUGUCACGUUUUGCCCCUGAGCUUGUUAGUAAUGAGCAGGCUAGAGCUGAUAGGUUCGUCAAGGGAUUGAGAGAUGAAAUUAGGGGUUUUGUGCGAGCACUAAAGCCCACUACCCAAGCUGAAGCACUGCGUCUGGCAGUGGAUAUGAGUAUUGGGAAGGAUGAAAGACAGCCAAGGAGCUUUAAUAAGGGAUCGUCGUCGGGUCAAAAGAGAAAAGUAGAGCAGAGAACUGUAGGAGUUCCUCAGAGGAACAUGAGACCACAGGUGAUUCUUUUCGCAGUUUCCAGCAGAGUUCUGGCGGUGCAGGAGACACUACUCAAGGAGAGGCCAGUAUGUGAUACGUGUGGGAAACGCCACCUGGGUCGUUGUUUGAUGGGAACGAGAGUCUGUUAUAAGUGCAAGCAAGAGGGACACAUGGCUGAUAGGUGUCCCUUGAGAUCUACUGGGGCUGGAUCGAGCAGUCAGGGAGAGAGACCUCCACAGCGGGGUACAAUCUUUGCCACUAAUAGAUCAGAGACAGAGAAGGCCGGCACAGUAGUGACAGGUAUGGAUUGGCUAGCUACUAAUCAUGCUAGUAUUGAUUGUUCUCGUAAGGAAGUUGUGUUUAGUCCCCCUACUGCAUCUAGCUUUAAAUUCAAGGGAGUAGGAACAGUAGUACUGCCUAAAGUAAUCUCAGCUAUGAAAGCUAGUAAACUACUCAACCAGGGUACUUGGAGUAUUUUGGCAAGUGUGGUGGAUACUAGGGAAGGACUACCGCCACAUAGAGAGGUUGAUUUUGCCAUUGAGUUGGAGCCAAACACUACUCCUAUUUCUAGAGCCCCUUAUAGGAUGGCUCCUGCUGAGUUGAAAGAACUGAAGGUACAGUUACAGGAAUUGCUUGACAAAGGCUUUAUUCGACCUAGUGUGUCACCUUGGGGUGCACCAGUAUUGUUUGUGAAGAAGAAGGAUGGGUCGAUGCGUCUUUGCAUUGACUAUAGAGAGUUGAAUAAAGUAACAGUCAAGAACAGGUAUCCUUUACCCAGAAUCGAUGAUUUGUUCGAUCAGUUACAGGGAGCCACGGUGUUCUCUAAGAUUGACUUACGGUCAGGUUAUCACCAGUUGAGGAUUAGAGACCGUGAUAUUCCUAAGACUGCCUUUCGUUCGAGGUAUGGACAUUAUGAAUUCAUAGUGAUGUCUUUUGGUUUGACUAAUGCACCUGCUACUGAAGUCGAACAUGAGGAACAUUUACAUAAGGUAUUAGAGACUCUUCGAGCCAAUAAACUGUAUGCUAAGUUCUCGAAGUGCGAAUUUUGGUUGAAGCAAGUGACUUUUCUUGGUCAUGUGGUUUCCAGUGAGGGAAUUUCAGUAGACCCUGCAAAGAUAGAAGCUGUUACCAGUUGGUCUCGACCCUCCACAGUUGGUGAGGUUCGUAGUUUUCUGGGUUUAGCAGGGUACUACCGGAGGUUUGUGGAGGAUUUUUCACGUUUGGCUACUCCUUUGACUCAGUUAACUAAGAAAAGGGACUCCGAAAAUUUAAAAGGUAUUCUGAUUCAACAAGUUAAAGUAGUUGUUUGUGCUCCUCGUCAGUUGAAGAGUCAUGAGGAAAAUUAUCCAACUUAUGAUAUGGAAUUGACAGUUGUGGUAAGGCGAAUGUGGAAGUUGGUGCUCUUCGUAGAAAAGUAUCACAUUUUGACAGCACUUAUUACCAGACAGGUUUCAUUAGACAAAAACCACGAGAGAGCUGAGAUUGUAGUUUCAGUGGGGGAAGUCACCUCACAGUUAGCUCAGUUGUCAGUACAUCCGAUCUUGAGACAAAGAAUUCUUGUGGUUCAAUUCAUUGAUCCUUAUUUGAUUGAGAAGCAUCGCCUAGUAGAAGUAGGGCAAGUUAAGGAGUUUUCCAUAUCCUUUGAUGAUGAACUUAUGUUUGAGAGAGAAUUGUGUGUGCCAACAGAAAAUGCAAUUAAGACAAGGUUAUUGGUUGAGACUCAUAGUUUCCCAUUUCUCAUGCAUCCAAGUAGCACAAAAAAAUGUAUCCGGAUUUGA